UUUAAGGUAAGCGAGUAAGCCACAGGCCAGCAGGCAGCAGGCAGCAGGCAGCAGGCAGCAGGCCACCCUCUGAGUUCUGAGAGAACAUCCAUUGAUUCCAUUGCCUUAACUCCCGAUUCUACUGGUCCAUCCCCGAAACCACCUCUCCCAAACCACUCCGGUUCUCCGGUAUUCUCACCACACUUCUCUUACUUGCCUGUUGCUUCCUCUCUCUCUCUCCGCGUAUUCAUUCAAACCGUAGCGAGACUCACGCGCCAGCUGAUGGAGGAUGGACUGAAGGAGAUUUCUCGGCUUUUCACUUUUUCUAAAUAGAGGGCAGUAGAAAUAUCAGAAACCCUAAAAAUCUGCAGCGAUGGCGUCUUCGAAGGUGAUGGCAUCUUCUGGGUCGGCGAAUUCGGAUCUGGCACGUCAACCCUCUAUAUAUUCGCGAACUGUUCCUGAACUUCAGAACGGUCAGAAGAAAAAAUUUGGCGGGUCUAUGAACAUGGACGAGCUUCUGAGAAAUAUGUACGGUGACAAUCCAGCGGCCGAGAUGAUUCCCCCUGCCGGAAGCGGCAGUGGCGAGGGUCAGGCGAAUGGUGCUGCAGGGAUGUCUUCUUUGGCUACACAGGGGAGCUUUACACUGCCGAAGAGUCACAAGCCAGUCGAUGAGGUGUGGAAGGAGAUCGCUGCUAGUGGUGGCGAUAGGAAAAUUAGGGCUGUUGAGGAGGGGCAGUAUUUCAAGGACCCGGCGAUCGAACAGAUGACUUUGGAGGAUUUUCUUGCAAAAGCCGGAGCUGUUCGAGAGGAGGAUGUGAGGAUUCCGCAGGUGUCUGGGGCGGGUCAAGGGGUUUAUCCAGUUGAUCCGCUGUUGGCUAAUCGGUUUCCACAGCAGCAGUUGGAGGGGUCGAUUGCGGGGUUUGGAAAUGGCGUUGAAGGAGGAGCGGCAGUAGGAGUAGGCAGGGGGAAGAGGAGAAUAGUGGAAGAGCCAAUUGAUAAGGCUGCUCAGCAGAGACAAAGGAGGAUGAUUAAGAACAGGGAGUCUGCGGCUCGGUCGAGAGAACGGAAACAGGCUUACACGGUUGAGCUAGAAUCCCUGGUAGCACAACUGGAGGAGGAAAAUGCUCGGCUGCUGAAAGAGCAGGCAGAACAAACAAAGAAGAGGUUUAUGCAGAGUAGAAUUAUAAGGAACAAAGAUGUGCUUCUUGCGACUGUAGCAUUGCAUUCCUUGCUGAUGGAAUAUGUGAUCCCAGUGGAGGAGAAACGCAGACCACCCCGUGUUCUUCGGAGAAUUCACUCUGUGCAGUGGUAGGAAUAGUUGUUAGUCCAUGAUGAAUGAGGUAGAAAGAACAUUUUAUUUUUCACAAUGCUAAAGUUGUAGAAGGAUUAGCACCUGCAACGAAGCAACAUAUUUGCUGUGAAAACGCAUCUGUGCGUCACGUAUUCCCACUGGUACUGGUUGAGAGCAGUAUUCGUUCUAUGAUUUCGCAGCUUACAUUUGAAAGUAUUUCUGUGAAGCUGAAGCUUGGUUGCAUAAUUGUGUACCAAAUAGAUGAACAGGGGGAGAAUGGUGUUGAGUGGUUGUGGGGUUAACUGGUGUUAAUUGGAAAAGAACAAGAAACACACCCAGAGAGACUUGAUGAUCUAUUUUUUUUAUUUAAUAUAAUAUAUCAACACCUUAGCAGCACAUUGAAGUUCAGCACAGCCACAGCACCUGCAGUCCUAUUUAUACUUACAGUCUCCGAUAUGCAUUUUUCUUCUUUGGGGUCCAAUUAUUUGGUUUCCCUAGAUCCUAAUUCGGAAUAUUUUUGAGAAGGAAUUCGUUGUAUAGAGAAAAUAUAGAUAGAAAAGUGGAUGGGAUUUGUCAUUUGUAUGAAUUAUGAACUUUAUUAACUAUGUAGUUCAUAGUUAAAGGAUUUUUUUUAGAGGUUGUGGUUUUCGUGGUUUCAGAAAGGAAAGGAUUCACUGGAGCUCCCUGCUCUGCUUAUCAUCUCUGGUCAGCCUUUUCCCACUACUAAAAGCAAAAUGAUUCAGAAAAGAAGCACUUGAAGCAAUUGGCUAUGAUAUAUUCAGAUGCAAAAUCAUGUAAUUCCUGCCCAUUAUCAGGGUCCAAGCAAUUGGCUAUGAUAUAUUCAGAUGCAAAAUCAUGUAAUUCCUGCCCAUUAUCAGGGUCCAAUCCAACAGUUAAUAGCACUUUGGUCCAA